AUGGGCUCAACUCUCAACAAUAUUGGGUCUUCUCUGCAGAGAAGUGGAACAUUGAUCAAUUUUUUAAUUGCUGGUUUGACUAUUUGUGGGCAACAACUGUUCUCCUCUUUCACAUUCAGAUGUCCCUGUCAGGUUGGGAAAAAUUUCUCUUAUGGUUCUGCUUUCCUAGUCAUUCCUGCCUUGAUCCUUCUGGUUGCUGGUUAUGCUCUGAGAAGCCAAAUGUGGAGAAUUUCAAGUGACUGCUGCUGCAACUGUGUCCCUCCAUACCAGAGAGUCAGCCCCCUGGAGCAGAAGCUGGCUUGCCUUCGGUUCUUCAGCAUCACCGGGAGGGCUCUCAUUGCUCCAUUGACGUGGCUGGUGGUGACCCUGAUGACAGGCACCUACUAUCAAUGUGCAGCAAGUGAAUUUGCAUCUGUGGACCAUUACUCGGCGUUUGACAACAUCAGUGCCAACAAGCGGGAAGAGAUCGUAGCUGGUUUUCCAUGCUGCAAAUCAGCUCCAUCUGACAUGAUCCCGGUAAGAGAUGAAGUAGCUCUUCAGCACAGAUACCAGUCACAAAUGCUGGGCUGGAUUUUAAUCACCUUGGCAGCUAUCGCUACCCUCGUCUCCCGCUGUUUGGUGAGAUGCUGCUCUCCCCUCACACCUCUGCAGCACUGCUACUGGACCAACCACCUCCGCAACGAGAGGGAGCUCUUUGAACAAGCUGCAGAGCAGCACUCGCGCCACCUCAUCAUGCAGCGCAUAAAGAAAAUAUUUGGCUUCAUUCCUGGAAGUGAAGACGUCAAACACAUCCGUAUUCCUUCAUGUCAGGACUGGAAAGAUAUUUCAGCACCCAGUCUUCUCUGCAUGGGUGAUGACUUGAAAGGUCACUAUAGCUUCCUUGGAGAGCAGGUGGAUGAAGUUAAUGAGGAAAGCAAAUCAGAAGGCAUUGAAUUAAAACCUUGA